GCCAGGGCGGUGAUCUCUCUCUCGCGCGCACACACUCUUUCUUUACGUCUCUCCCUCUGUGGGAAAAACCCGAGCAGGAGGAGAGCAGCAGAAGGGGGGAGGAGGCGGACUGCUUCUUCUUCUUCUUCUUCUUCUUCUUCCGAUACAGCGGCGGCGGCGGCGGCGGCAGGAUAUUUAGAGAAAUAAAUCAAAAAGAUCCACGCGGCAGCCCCCCCCUCCCCCGGUGCGGAGCGGCAGAGGAAGAGAAAAACCACACGGAUGUGCCUCCGAAAGCGCAGCGGAUACCGCCCUCCGGACCUUAUUAAUGCCAAGAUUGAGAGGUCCGAGGCAGAAGGGGGGAUGACAUGCAUGUGUCCGGCCUGCUAACAUCGCUGACGACUUGCACACUAACCGACUGCCCGCCCUUGCGACAUGACGGACGUACUGUACACAGGUCCGAUCCCGGCCGAGCGAGGGGGCGAGCUGGCCAUGGGGGGAGGUCGCAGCGAGACCUCAGCACUGAGCGGGGCAGGAGGGGGGCGGGGCGUUACCACUACCCAGAAUUCCCAGCGGCCCAACGCCUGCUGCUUCUGCUGGUGCUGCUGUUGCAGCUGCUCAUGGAAUGAAGAGGAGAGACGGAGGCGGAGGAGGAGGAAGAGAAUAUCACAGGACACCAAGAUGGAAACCAUACCAAACUGUGAAGCUUGCACCAAACCCACAACGGAAGAGAUGCGGAUGUGGGCUCAGUCCUUCGACAAGCUGAUGAGGAACCCAGCAGGUCGGAAUGUUUUUCGGGAGUUCUUGCGGACUGAGUACAGCGAGGAAAACAUGCUGUUCUGGUUGGCCUGCGAAGACCUCAAACAGGAAAUCAACAAGACCGCCAUUGAGGAGAAAGCGCGCUCCAUCUAUGAGGAUUACAUUUCAAUAUUGUCGCCAAAAGAGGUGAGUCUGGACGCCCGGGUUCGAGAGGUGAUCAACAGGAAGAUGCAGGACCCGACGCCUCACGCGUUCGAAGACGCCCAGCUACAGAUCUACACGCUGAUGCACAGGGACUCCUACCCACGAUUCCUCUCCUCCAACAUCUACAAGUCGCUCUUGCACGGCGGCUCACGUACCUCCUCUGAAUCCUAGUCCCACAUCUCCUCCUCUAAUCGUCCUGCGCUCACAGGAUUGAUGCCAGACCAUUUCAUGACUUCUCCAGCACACUCCUCCCUCCCAGUACAGAACUACCCAAAAAUUACCAGACUCCUCCUCAGUUCACUUUCUCAGAAUCACAAAUCUCUCCGACUACUGCCAAGACUGUCUUCUCAUGUGUUGUUUUUUCCACUCCAUAUCUUCAACUUUUACUACUGCUGCCAAGACCUCCCCUCCUCUGCUGUUUCCUCCUCUCGUCUCUUCACUCCAGUAGACUUCUGUCUUCUGUACUUGAGAAAUUCAGGCAAAUUACAACUAAAAACUAACAAAUAAUUGAAAAUAUUUGUCUGGUAAUAGCUACAAAAACCUGAAGUUUGCGUCAUUUGAAUAAUAUCCAAAACACUGAACGUACCAUUUUAUACCUAUAAAAACCUAAAAACUCCACAAUAUGAUAUUUUCAGGAUGGAAAAGCCUCUGAAACACCUGCCUUCUCUCUAUUAUAAUGGAACUAGAAGGCACUCGGCUUGUGGUGCUCAAAACACCCUAAAAAUACAUCUGAAAAACUCAACAUCAAUGUCUCUAUCCAGAAAUCAUGACCUGGUUACUCAAGAUAAUCCACAGAGCUUGUUGUCAGCAGUUUCAUCUUAACUUUUUUCUUUCUACCAAACUACACCCACUAACUACAUCUACCAGGCCCCAGGAAGUGCACUGGGCUCUGAAGCCAAUUUCCAUAGUGGCCAAACAUUGGUACUCCAGUUUUUGUCGGGUCAGUUAAGUGAUGCCAAAGGGCCCAAAAAGACUUUUCCCAUAGACUUACAUUGGGAAAGGGACAUCUGUAAAUCAGUGGAUACUUGUUUUUCGAGUGUCACAGCCCCCUCAGAAUAACUGAUUCCACUAUCAGGAUUUAAUCCAUUCAGCCCCAGACCAUUUCGAAAGUUUAAAUGAGCCGCAAAAUUAAAUUAAUUUAUCCCAAUUCACGUUAACAGAGCACUAAACUGGCUGUGCUCUGCAGCUCUGAGGCCCAAUCCCAAUACCCCCCCUUGUCCACUACCCCUUAGCCCUUGGCCCUACCCCAAGCCAUUGCCCACUACCCCUUGGCCCUCGGAAUGAAGCAACGAGGGGUAGGGGUUGAAAUCAUUCCCUAGGAAUUGGGACACCACUCACUACGUCACCGCGUCGGUUACGUUCACCUAUUUUAAACAGGAAGCUGCGAGCCAUCUACAUUUCCAACCGGCAUCUAUGAUGGAGUCUCCGGUUGAGUUCAUCCUACCGAUCGUGUUUGCUGUGUUCAUCAUGCUUCGUAUGAUGAACGACAGACGACAGGGGACUUCUGCUAGCUAGCUAACCAGCUAACAUCACGAGGCACCAUAGUUAUUCUAGCUGGCGUGUUAUCGUAAUGUGAAAAAUCCGAUAAUUUUGCAGAACAGGACAGAUGUCAGACGCCAGAUAGCGCGAGCUAGCUAGACGACCGUAACGUUAGCUAUGUAUGAACUUUUUUCCCCGUCUCCUGCUUGGUGGUAGUCAUGGCAACGUCUACACCUUGCUGGCAAGUCAGCAUCUGAAAUCCCUCGCUCUGAAGGGCUAGUUUCAUACCCACUACCCCUCGUUAUGCCCCCUACCCCUACACGCAAAAAGGAAUUGGGAGACCACUACCCCUUGCGGGAACGCGCAAUUGUAGGGGUAGGACCAAGGGGUAGGGCUAAGGGGGGGUAUUGGGACAGGCCCUAAGUCUCCAGUGCCUCUGCUCUAUGGGCGCCGAUCGUCCAGGUAAUUUCGUACUGCUGAAAUACAGCUUUUUCGGCUUCAUACACCACGGAGCAACUUUCAAAGGAAUAAACGGGCCAAUGCUGUAUGUAGGUUUCUGAAUACAUCCAUGACAUCUUCUUAUAGACAAGAGUCUUGUGCUCAUGAUAGUGUGAGAUGUCAACAUUAAUGACGUCCUCUUCAGUGUAGCUGUGAAGAAAAUAGUUCCUACCUGAAACUGCUCACAACAAGGUCUGUGGAUUAUCUUGAGUUCCCGGGUCACAGUUUCUGGAAAGAGACAUUUCUGUUGAGUCAUUCAAAUGUGUUUUAUUGGCGCUUUGAACACCACAAGCUGAGUGACAUCUAGUUCCAUUAUAUUGGAGAGAAGGCAGACAUCUCUACAGCUGAUAUCUGCAAUACAGGUGAGAGGAAAAAAUAUGUAUUACGUAACUAAAUCCUAAAGCAGGAGGGUUUUAGAACAAUUAGAACCAAUAAAAAGUACGAAACAUUCCUAUUGCCAUUUCUCCUAGGUUGGGCCCAUUUUCAAGUCAGAUUGACCGGACUAUUGGUAUCAGUUUGAUUUUAAGGCUUCCUUCCUGACCACUAAAAUGGCUCAACACUUAUCAUCCACUUCUAUCCCGCUAUUGAUUCUUUCAACUAAUUUUCUACCUUCAAACCCUCCUCCUCCCUCAUCACAUCACUUUUCUCCUGUGUUUCACCUCAGUGACUCCUGAACAGAGAAGGAGGCGAUGUUGCAGUAUUUCUUUGGGACAUAAGGCGAUGCACAUGAUUACGUGGGAGAUUUUGAUGCAUUUCAAGGGGACAAAUAUUCACCUGUGCCAUGGAUUCUUAGUAGAUUCUUACCAAUCCGCCCCUCCCUCUGCUCAUGACCAUCCUAUCACCUUUCCGAGCCAAUCAAAGGUGGAUGCCUCUGACCUCCGCCCACCUCAUCACCUUGUUUUUCAUCCUGCGGUUCUCUACUCCGAGACUGAUGGAAAGGCAAAAGAAAAAGAUGGAUGCUGUCUCACUCCCUCUCUUUCUCUCUUCCUUUUCUCUCUUUCAACUGGAAAACACAGGGUGCUCCCCCCAUCCCUCGCCAACGGCAAAAAAAGUUUCUUAUUUUUGUUGUUUAUUUAUCCACUCUUGUUUGCUGGAUCAAUCAUUUUACUCCUGUGAUAAACAAACGGACAAAUGGAUGGAUGUCACUUCCUUCCGACUACUGAUUUACAAACAGACAAGACGUCUAUUUUUUAAGAGAAAACUAUAUGGAACAUUUUAAUUUUGUUGAUUUUUUGUUUGUUUUGUUUUGUUGGUUUCUCCCACUCUCUCCCCUUCCUGGAUUUUUUGCAAGAAGAGGAGGAUUCCUCUGAGACUGUACUGAUCCCCACCCGACACAACACCACAGACACCACACACAGGUGCAAUAAAACACUGGAGUUUGGAAAAACACACACAUGCAGACAUUUACAAAAUUUGUGUUACUAUACUUCAGGGGAUGUUUCCUUCCUUCCUUUCCAAACUAUAAACCCUCAGCGAGAUCUGACUGAGUCGACCAAAGUCCCCGCAGGUUCAUUUUGUAGUAUUUCAGAAUUUUAUUACCCUGGCACCAACACCAGUUUGUAAAUGUGAGUUAGUCUGGAACCUCUCAGUUCAUCACAGUUUCCAAGAGGUGUUGUCAACAGCCGUAGAUCAAAAUGUCUCAGGACACAAUUGGAUCGACCUGCAAACAAUCAGAGCGAUGACACGUGAUGUAGCGCUGAGCAACGCAAACAGAAAACAGCGUGCAGAGAUGAGCUGAGAUGGAGAAGCGUUAGCAUGUCUGUGAGUGAGUGUGGCUGUUUUGCCAUCAGAAUUUUAAAAUACUUCAACAGAAAGUUCCACACCAGCUGCAGCCAUCUUGUUUUCUUAAUUUGAAAAUGCCUCAGUGGCGCUCCUCGUCACUAAGCUAACUUUAUUCUUGCCAUAUUGUUCCAGGCACGAGGAUUCACAAGCCGAAAAUGACUUAAGAUUAAGAUUGAUCUUUAUUGUCUCUCAAGAGAAAUUCAUCUUGGGCAUACGAAAAAAGUACCGGCGUCUCACAUCAACAUGCAGAUUACAGUCACACUUGACUUAAUCAAGUCUUUUGUGUUAAGCGUAAAGUCUGCACAAGUUGUUCGUCAUCGCAACACACCUGUCCAGAGUUGCGUUAGUAUUUCUCGUUGCCCGUCAUUUUGAAGGACAGGGUCGUAAAGACUGUCAUAAUCUGAUAUCACUUAGACUCAUAUUGUAUCCGCUGCCGACUGAUGUACGUUCUCAGUGUUACCUGCUUGUCCGUCAUCCUCCACUGCAUCAGUUCCUGUUUUUGCUCAUUUUUGGGCUCCAGAGAUUUGGUAACACAAGUAAUCAAUUGCGACUGUUUGAGGUGUGGCUGAACAUGACUUAUCUGAAAGCGUAUUUCAUUGUAAAGCUGUACGCAGCAUAUUAAUUCCCUCAGCCUGUUCUUGCCCUGUUCUUGCCCUGUUCUUGCUCUGUUUACAGUGAGACUGCUGCGAGAGUGCGAGCUCCACACUUGGUACAGUUUGUGAAAGUCCGUUAGCUCACACACAGUGACCGGGCUAACUGUCGGCAACACACAGCUAAUACUACCCAACAUUUAUUAACAGAUUUAACAACAGAGUCGAACCAUGUCAGAGUCGGUGUGUUUGUUAGGUUUAACGGCUCGGUGUUGGAUGUUGGAUGUUAGUUGCCAAUGCUGUGCGAGCUCAUGCUAACUGGUUCAACUUCCGGCUUUGACAUUUUGCAGUGUAGCAAUUUAGCUUACUGAUGCGAUAGCUAAAGCAAAGAGGUAACCUCUCUGGCUAAAGUCAUGUACAUGAGACUACACGCCACCAUCUGGACAGGAGUGUGAAUUACAUAAAGUUACAGUAGAUCGCUCGCUUCUCAGAAUGACAGACAACCUUUAGAUUUUUCAGUUAGUGUUAAAAAAUAUCAGUCAGCGAUUAACGCAACCUCUGCACCGGCCCCAUAUUAGAUACUCCACUGUGAUUGGCCAAAGAACUAAUUUUGGGUUAAUGCUUACAUGUUCGUCAGCCAAUCAGAUGCUAACAUUUUAGUUUAAAGUUUUACUGGUCAGGAAGAAACAAAGAAGUUAAAGAGUGAAAGUUUUAAACCUGUAUAGUAUAGUAAUACAAAUAAACACACACACACACACACACCAGGGUGGCCUACCUGGGCACUGCUGCUGCUGACCUCUGCCUCUGUGACCUCUCACCUUUGACCUCACCACUGUCUGUCGCCCACUCGGACGCCUGCUCCUGAUUGGCUGCAGGAGGCUGCAGGGCUGAACUGUGGUUGGUCGAUUCAGGAAGGGGGGUGGGAGGAAAUCCCAGGUGCAAAAAAAUAUAUAUAGAUAUAUUAAUGAAAAACAACUAAUAAAAAAAAAUCUAUAUAGAAAAACAGAUGUUAUGUGAGAUGGGAUGCUUACACCCAGUGCUUCAUGAGAAAUGUAGUUUGAGGAAAACAAAUGUUUGUAGUUGUCUGCGGAGGCAGAAACAACAGAUUUUAAAAAAAGAGAUGCCUCGGUCUUUACCAGACUGGUCACUCAGAAUGCAUUUAUCUUAGUAUUGUUAAUGUUAUUUAUUUUAUAUUUUGUUAAAACUGUGAUUUUAAUUGUACAUAUAUAAACGGAAACCCUUGAACAUCCAACGAGACGCCGCUUUGUUUGUUCAGUGUUUGUGUCUGAUUUUCUUUUUCCUCGCAACAGUCUGACUUUAUUUCUCAUCAGUACAAGUGUCUCGUACUAUUUAUACUAAUUUAAUACUUACUUUGUACUACUUUGCCAACCCAACCAACCAACAUGUUGAUAUGGAUGUCAAUACUUCGGAGUUUAAAAAGAUUCAGACUUUUUGUUUUUGUUGUUUUUUAUAACAUGAAUUCUUAAUGUAAACAGCCCUAAAUAUUAUUGGUAGAAAAGAAGCAAGAAUCAAACAAAACACCCCCGUGCUGUAUUAAAAGUUUGCAGCAAUUUUAACUGUACAACAUCUUGAUCUAACAGAGGCUGUUCAGAGGUUUGAAAAUGUAGCUUAUUUAUUUUGGCAUUUUGUCCACACAGGUGACUAACAACAGACAUUUGCUAAAGCUCAAUCCAGAGUGAAGAUUUUCAGACACUCUGUUUUCAGUUUUGACAGGUAGACAGGGAGUUUCUGGCUUGUGACGUCAGUAGUCGAGGCGCGGGAAUACAAAAGCAUGAUUAAACCUUUCCAGGUCAGGAAAUGACAGCUGAUUUAAUGAGUAAUUGAUGUGGAUUCGUAUAUUUCUUCCUCUAAUUUUGGUUACUGUAGAAUUUGUCCUAAAUGUCUAUAGUGGCAUUAAAAAGGUCUUUAAAAUAGUCUUAAAUCUGCUCUGCCCUUAAGCUUUAAGAACCCUAUAUACAGACACAACCAGUCAUCACACAGGUGAUCGUGAUCUGCAUGAUCGAGUCAAUCUGCUCUGCAGCUGGACCAAUCAGAGUUGACUUACAGCCACAUGGGCCACACAGCACGCCUCAGUAAAAAGGAAAUAGAAACAUAAAGAUCAAUAUUGUACAGGCAUAUAUUAGUUUAUUUUUCUAAUGAUAUAUCCCUGUAUAAUAUUGAUCUUCCUUAGUUCCUUUAGACGCUCUGUCAUGUGUGUGAGUCUCACACAGUGUCGUCCAGCUCUGCUCUGAUUGGUCCAACUUGACUCUCAAUCAUCAGAUCACAAUCACCUGUAUGAUGAAGGAGUGUGAGUCUAUAUAUACAGCUCGUCCUGCACUGUGAUGCUUGUUUGACAGUGUCUGAUGAGGAUCUGUGUCAGAUGGAAACACAGCACGUUUAAUUUAAUCCAGAUCUUGAGUUUGAUUGUUGAACUGAAGGUGAACAUGAACUGAGCACAGACAGACAGACGGAGCUGCUGCUGUUGACUCUCUGUGUUGAUACUCCCAACACUCAGUUCCUAAAGGAAACCAACACACACGCACUACACAUGGACAGUUGUGUAGUGUGUGUGUGUGUGUCUGGUCUUUUUCCACAGUUCACUGUAACCUGAUAUGUGUGUGUUUGGGAGUAAUUCUGUGUGUGACACAGACACAUGCAUACCAACAUAUAUGCAGCAUACACACACACACACACACACACACACUCUGUCUCAUACCUUCACACUCGAACACAAACACACACUCCCACACUCACUGGCAAGUCUUUAUCUGUUGAUGCGAGCAUUCCUCUCUCUAGUUUUCUCUUGAUGACCACAGAUAAACUUCACUUCUCCUUGCAGAUUUUUUCCCCCUCCAUUUGAAAAAAAGAAGAAAUUCUGUCCUCAUGACCUUUGUUUAACAAAUGAUCUCCGUCCAUACGAUAAUGCAAAAUUGACUUUUGAGCAGUCAGAUUGUCUGUGCAGUAGUGCAGCAAUACUACUUUAAGAGUAAUGUAGUUAUUAGAACAAGCAGUGCUAACAAAAACUAAGUAAUUCAGUAGUCAUCUAUUCCUAAUAUUUUCACAUGGCGCACCCUGGCAGCAGUAUGUAAAGAGCUAAAUAAUGUUUAUGGUUAUUAUGUGUGAAAUAAAAGCAAUGACUGUAUUUUACACUUUGACUCAGACAUGUCAGAUCU